UUCUAUACUGUACCAUUUUCGAAAUGAAAAUCGUGUCCCGUUGAACGUUUCACUUCAAUUUUCCAUUAAAUGUUCCUUUGAUCAACAAUGAGCACAGUGAGCUAUGUCAGGUAGGAUGAUCUAAAUCCAGCAGCAACUGCACCUGGAUCCAUGGAGAUGAUGAGGCUGCACCACAAUCAAGAGGCAGAGGUCGUUGUUUGGGGACGAAGAACCCUAAGACCGUUCUAGACGCCGCAUUUGACCGAUGUUUUCCUAUCGAUUACUUUGUGAUAAAUUACUUAGACUGGUUCUUUUUAUCGAUUACUUCUUCAUUUUCCAGCAGUGAUAGUAAUAGGGAGAGAACGCUUUCCAUGAUUUGCAGCCGCAGCAAACGCUUUCCAGCACUUCUAUGUGCUGCUGAAUUCCACGAGGAUGAUGUGCUCUAUAGCGAGAGAACAUCUAGGUUUCUGAAGCCUGCUUUCACGGUUAUACGUGAUCAAGAAUUGAAAUGUUUGCUGGUGUUCAUCCGUGGAACGCGUAGCAUAAAAGACACUCUCAUAGAUGCACUGUGUGCUUCUGUCUCCUUCGAUCACAACAUGGUUUCAGGACAUGCACAUCGUGGUAUGGUUGUUGCGGCUGAUUGGAUUAGCAAACAUUGCAUUCCUGUACUACUUGAAGCUCUUCGUCAAUACCCCCACUUCAAAAUCAAGAUUGUUGGACACUCGUUGGGUGGUGGUGUUGUUGCAUUAUUGACUCAUAAGCUUAGAGAAAUGGAAGAGUUGUCUUCGACAAGGCCAACUUGUGUCACGUUUGGCUCAGGUAUAUCUUUACUCAAAAUUGGUGGAAGAAUGGUUUAUUCAACCUGCUCAAUGAAUCCUAUUGAGAAUGAAGCUGUGGUUGCUGAGGACAUUGUUGAUUAUGCCACUAGCAAGCUCCCCCUAAUGUUCUUGCUGCCUGAAGAUAGUUGUACUUGUAGCAAACUCAUAUAGACCUAUUGGAGGGGCUAAAGAUGAUCUUGAAAUAGGAAUUCUGUCCUACAAAAAUCCAAGAUUGCAUCUUUUCCAUCAAAGGAAAUUGCGAAAAGACUGCCUCGCCCAUCAGUUAGUUGAAGUAGCCACAGAUAGCAGCUGAGUAAGGGUCUGCAUUUGCUUUUCAUCCUCCAAAACUGUAGUGUAUGGAUUGUGUUUAUGUAUAUUGUGAUUAUUAUUAGAUAUUAUUAGAUAUGAAUCUAAUGAAAUAUUUUAUAAUAUUUUCUGAUGCUUGUUUUUUGUUUGGUAAUAUCAUCCAUUGUAGAUGCUUGCAAUGAUUGAUUUUUUAGUUUC